AUGGCUCUUUCUGCACAUUAUCAUCAGCACAAACCCAAUGUGCCCAUCAUUAUGGAAGAUGUUUUCGGAUGGGUGCGUGAGGGAAAUGCUUUUCAAGUUCGAGUUUGGCUUGAUGAUCAUGAACACGAUUUGAACAUCGGAGAUGAUCACGCUUUCUCACUCCUUCAUUGGGCUUGUAAGGAAGGUCAUGUGAGCAUUGUUGAAAUGCUUUUGACACGUGGAGCUCGUGUAAACAGUACCAACAUGGGUGAUGACACAAGUCUCCAUCUUGCUGCUGCACAUGGACAUCGUCAAAUAGCUCUUAAAUUGAUAUCUCGAAAAGCUGAUGUUAAUGCCACCAACGAGCAUGGUAUGACUCCACUUCAUUAUGCCUGCUUCUGGGGUUUCGAACAGAUCGCUGAGGAUUUAAUACAAUCUGGUGCUUUGAUUGGUUCCUGCAACAAGCGCGGACAAACUCCUUUGGAUAUUUGUCAACCUCAAUGCCGUGCUAGUGUCAUCGAAAUUGCCAAAGAGAACGGCCAGAAUGCCAACGAACGUAUUCCAUUCAAAGAUGAGUCUUGGAGAGGAACAAGAGCUAGAACUCGUGACGCUACUUUGAGUCGUUAUACCGGAGUUGAUGUUAGCUCUCUGCAUUUAUCCACCAAAAUUGCUGAGUCCCACUCUGGUGAACUUUGGAGAGGAAAAUGGCAAGGAAGUGACAUCGUGGCCAGAAUCUUAGCUGUAUCUGAAGUCACUCCAAGAAUCUCUCGAGAUUUCCAAACCGAAUUCCCACAUCUUCGUAUCUUCGCCCAUUCGAAUAUAUGCCCAGUUCUAGCAGCUGCGAAUCAACCACCAUCUCUGGUAGUCAUCAGCCAGUUUAUGCCAUUCGGAAGUCUUUACAACGUUUUACACGAACAAAGCUCUGUUGUCAUCGAUCAUAACCAAGCUCUUCGUUUCGCAAUUGAUAUUGCUCGUGGAAUGUCUUACUUGCACAGUCUUGAUCCUGCUAUCCUAAGAUAUUUCUUAUCUUCAAAGCAUGUUGUUAUCGACGAAGAGCUCACAGCUAAGCUUUCAAUGGCUGAUACCAAGUUCUCUUUCCAAGAAGUUGGAAAGUGUUAUUCACCAGCUUGGAUGAGUCCAGAAGCUCUCACAAGAAGUCCCGAAGAUUUGAAUAUCAGAGCCGCUGAUAUGUGGAGUUUUGGAAUUCUUCUCUGGGAGUUAUACACAAGAGAAGUUCCUUACGCUGACUUGCCACCUAUGGAAUGUGGAAUGAAGAUUGCCUUAGAAGGAUUAAGAGUAACUAUUCCUCCCGGAAUCGCUAGAAAUAUGAGUCGAUUAAUGAAUAUCUGCUUGAACGAAGACCCAGGUCGACGACCAAUGUUUGAUCAAAUAAUCCCAAUCUUGGAGAAGAUGAUCAAUUAA